AUGGUUGAGCCUAAAAGCCCUGAAGCCCUUGCGGUCUCAUUCGCCAGUGGCUGUCUCCUGCAUAUUCUCUUCUACCGUAGAGGAGAAUGGGACUCGCUUGCCCUCCACAUCUUUCAAACCUAUGCUACAUUACCCAUCAUUGUAAUUGGGUUGUUACGCUUGGCUGAAUUCCAGGGGUGGCAGCAUGGCAACAAUCUUUCGGCUGCGUCUGUUCUUUUGCUUGAAGGUGCUCACAUACUCGGGCUUAUGACCAGCAUCCUCUGUUAUCGCACCACCUUCCAUCCCCUGAACAAGUUCCCUGGGCCACUUAGCGCUCGAAUCUCAAAUUUCUACCCUACCUACCUCACUACCAAAAAUACUCAUCUCUAUGAGGAGGUUGAGCAACUCCAUCAGCAAUACGGCGAUUUUGUCAGAUUGGGGCCAACACAACUCUCCAUCACGCAUCCAAAGGCGAUCGAAGCGAUCUACUCUGCCAAGUCCCCAUGCACCAAAGGCCCAUUUUAUAAUAUUCUUAACCCUCGUAUCUCGUUACACAUGAUUCGCGAUCAUAAAGAGCACAGCGCCAGGCGAAAGAUCUGGGACAGAGCCCUGAGCUCGAAAUGUAAGGGCUACUCUUUUCGCCUAUUUAUCGAUUCCCCAGCUAACAAGUAUAAAGCACUACGGGACUACGAACCUCGCGUCACGAAGUAUACUACACAAUUACUCGAUCGUCUCAAUGAGAUGCAAUGCACGACUAUCAACGCCUCGGACUGGUUGAACUUUUACAGCUUCGAUGUUAUGGGUGAUCUUGCAUUCGGCAAAUCCUUCAACAUGUUACGUGACGGUGUCAAUCAUUACUUCCUGAGUUCGCUGCAUGGCUCGAUGAAGAUGGUUGGUGCUCUUGCUCACAUUUCAUGGGUCAUCCCCAUUCUGAAACUCAUCCCCGCCGUCAAUUCUGAGGACCGACAGUUCUGGGCGUGGAUUUCAGGUCAGGUUGAAGAACGGUCAAGGAUGAAGCCUGACAACCCCGAUGUCUUUGCUUGGAUCCUUGAGGAGUACGAGCGCAAUCCAAAGACAUACCAGGCAAAGCUCAAUGUUGAAGCUGAAGCCUAUCUCAUCGCAGUUGCUGGAAGUGACACGACCGCUGCGACUUUGACAGGUCUUCUGUUUGAGCUGGCGACCAACCCCUCUCAAAUCAUCAAGCUGAGAGAGGAGAUUGACCAGUACUUUAUGGACAGAGAACAGGCAGACCAUACAUCACUCUCCAACCUCAUUCACUUGAAUGCCGUCAUCGACGAGUCCCUUCGUUUGCAUCCGCCUGUCCCUUCAGGUUUGCAGAGAGUCACCCCUCCACAGGGACUGAUGGUUGGGGACACGUUCAUACCCGGCAAUACUAUCGUCCAGGUCCCAAUGCACACAAUUCAGCGAGAUGAACGCAAUUUCGCACGACCAUCAGAGUUCAUCCCGGAGCGUUGGACAACAUCACCCGAGUUGACCAAAGACAAGGGGGUCUAUGCGCCCUUCUCGAUCGGUCGAUACUCUUGUGUCGGAAAGCAGCUUGGUUUGAUGGAAGUGAGAUAUGUUAUAGCACAUAUUAUCAGGGCAUUCGAUGUGAGACUUGGUGAGGGUCAGACUCCAGAGGGCUUUUUGCAGGCGAAGAUGGAUACGUUUACACUGGCUACCCCAAAUCUUCACCUUGUGUUUACACCUCGUCCUACCAAAUGA